CGAGCUUUCCUUCAGCUCACGGCGUCACAGCUGACGGUCGAAGCUACAAAAGCUUUAAACACACCGCCUGGGACACUCAGCGCGCGCGAGAGCAAGACGUCUGACUACAAUGUUGAGAAGCGCACCUUUGUUCGUUUUGCUCGCUGUGGCUGUCUGUCACGCCGAGCAGCUGAAAAGUAAGAGUAAGGUGUGUGCCAAUGUGUUUUGUGGAGCAGGACGAGAAUGUGCUGUGACCGAGAAAGGAGAACCCAGCUGCCUGUGUAUUGAGCAAUGUAAACCCCACAAGCGUUCAGUAUGUGGCAGUAACAGCAAGACAUACCGCAACCACUGUGAGCUUCACCGUGAUGCCUGUCUGACCGGACUCAAGAUACAAGUGGCUUAUGAUGGACACUGUGAAGAGAAAAAGACAGACAAGGUUGCUGCCAGCCCAAUUGUGUGUUACCUUGCGGAUCGUAACGAGUUGAGGAGCCGUGUGAUCGAGUGGCUGCAGACCGAGGUGGUUUCAGAUGGCUGGUUCAGCAAAGGCUCCAACUUCAGUGACGUCCUGCUGAAAUACUUCCAGAACUAUGAUAAUGGAGAUGCUCAGCUGGACUCCACCGAGCUCCUUAAGUUUAUUCAGCAUAAUGAGACGGCCAUCAACAUCACCUCAUACACGGAUGAGGAGAACAACAGAUUGCUGAGGAGUCUGUGUGUGGAUGCCCUGAUUGAGCUCUCGGACGAGAAUGCUGACUGGAAAUUGAGUUUUGAUGAGUUUCUCAACUGCCUCAAGCCUGGCUUCAAUCCUCCUGAGAAAAAGUGUGCACUGGAGGAUGAGACGUAUGAGGACGGAGCUGAGACACAGGUGGAGUGUAACCGCUGUGUCUGUGCCUGUGGGAACUGGGUCUGCACCGCUGUGACCUGCGACGGUUCAGAGAAGUUACCAGCUUUGGAGGAAAUGGAUGGAGGGGAUAAAGAGAUGACCGAGGAAGAGUGGAGCCGCAGAGUCGCUGAGCUCAACAAACACCAGGAAACUGUAGAGAAGAUGAAAGUGAACACCAAGGAGGUCUAAGUAAAAGCGACGAUGCAGAAGAGCAGAUUAAAGGACGAUGAUAUUGGACGUGAAUAGUCUACCACUCUUGUUCAGUCCACUGUAGUGAUAUCAUUUGUGUGGUUUUACUUUAUAUUGUUUCAUAUCAUUGUGUUAAUUAUUCUAAAUUUCAGUACACACUGUUUUAAUGUUAAUCUUUUGAGGAGAUCUCAUAGAGACCUACUCUGUUUACUAUGACUUUUUCUUUUCUUUUUUUUUUAGAAACUAUAUUUUAUACUACCACCUUUUGAAAUGGUGUUGAGAGUUUCCUAGCAGUUGGCAAAGUUUGAAUGAAUGUGUGGUUGUGCUCACAGCACUGAUGUAUUAUCUAUAUAAUCACGGUAAUGAAUGCUUGGAAAAACAAAAGCAAUCCAAAAUCAGCAUGAAACAUGUUACGCCACUGAUAAACAGCACCAAGGCACUUAAGCUCUUCGUCAGACAAUUUAUUAGAUGGCCGGUAAUUUUUAACUCCUCACAUUAAUAAACCACCAAAGGACAGUCUGUACCACACGGGUCAGGUUAAACACUUUACACUCAGCUUACAAUUAAAAUGAUCAAGGUGUUGUAGGAAAUUCUUGAGUAUUUCCACAACAGGCCCAGUUUUGGGGAACGAAUCUGAGAAGAACAGCUUUUAUGAAACAGAAGAUUAAAAAGAUGAACAGGUAAACCCACCUUUUCUAUAAGCGGGUCGUCCCUUCUCAGGCUCAAAAGGAAUGAAAUUCUAUUUACAUUACUGAUUAUUGCCAUCAAUGAGUAUUCUAAAUUAUAUGCCUAUUUACACGAGUUGACAUCAUUGUCUCCAUUUUGAUGUUCCUUUUGAUAAUAUGAUCCAAUGUGAUUCGGUUCUAUCAGUGAUAGAACUUUGAUCAAUAUAAGGAUAUCUAUUUACUCUGGUUAAAUAUAUGGAUGUACUGAUUAUGAGAAGUAAAGUAAAUCAUAAAUUAAGACCCCUUCUUCUCUAAAGUAGAUGCAAAUAGUAAAACAUGAGGGGAUAAUGUGGUGUACUGUUACCACCCCAAAUCUGAUUCUUUCCCCAAUGAUGAUACAUUUUUCUUUGUUCAGUAACACAUUUGUAAAUCAGUUUAUUCAUUUAUUACGUUUAGAUUAUAUGGAUCAUCCACCAUACAAGUCCCUGUGCAGGUUGUUGCUAUUUUAUAUCUAAUACAAAUGGCAUCUAUAAAUAAAACAGUAUAUACGGUAUGUACAUCAGGUACAGGAUAAACUGCUGAAUAAGGAAUCCUGAGCAUGAUUUAUUAGAUUUUUUGAGGAAAUGUGAUAUGUUGUUUCAACGUUUGCCGUGAACUAAAUAGUAUUCAGUGACAGUUCUGGUCUCGGAGACUUACUCACACACUUCCUGAAAUGUACAGUGCAUUACAUUAUUGGGUGUAUCAGUGUAAUUUAUUCACUUUGUAUUCUUGUACACUUUGAUACACUGCCCUUGAAUUGUUCAUUUUAAACAGCCAACACAUCUGGCAUAGCACCAAUAAACCAUGUAGUGUAUCAAAAAUGAUGAA